AUGUUGGUUGACAGGAUGAAGCACGACGACAGGACCGAUGUUCGCAACUUUGGAGAAAUAUUGCUGGAAAUGAUCAAAGGCAGACUAGUGAUGUCUGAGACUCAAGUGGAAGUUCAAGAAGAUCAGCUACAAAUGGCUCUUACAGCUGAUGAAGCAGCUCGAGGAAGCAUGGUUGAUCCACUAAUUAGGCAGACAUGCUUGGAUCAGUCCUUGAAGACGCUGAUGGAAAUUUGUGUGAGAUGUCUGUGUAAGGAUCCAGCAGAUAGAUCUUCUAUUGAGGAUGUUCUUUGGAACUUGCAGUAUGCUGAACAAGUUCAGGAUGCAUGGCUGGGAGGAGAAUCCCGGAGCAAUGAGGGCUCUCCGACAGACGUCAGCUACGGAUUAAUGCAGAGGGAAUGGCACUAG